GAGCGCACACACCGCCAGUCUGUCUUCAUGGGCUAAGUUGGAGGAUGGCAGCGAGGGCGAAACUCUUCUCGUUAUUUUUUGCUUUUUACCUGUUCUUUACCUUUUACGAAUUGUCCCCAGCAGCCAGCUCGAAGAAGGGGAAUGUGGAAAAGUGCAACGUUAAGGGGCUGCUGUCAAAUUUGGAGGACAAUAGUCGCACAGCUGGUGUCACGUUCCGGAAUGACAACUGCACGUUGAACUGGAACCCGAUAGGGAAACACGCCAUCCAUCCUGUAAGCAAUGUGACAUUCACACAGCUUCCCUGUGACAACCAGGCUGCUGUGGUGGUGAACUGGUAUCCCAGUCCUCUCGGGAUUGAACAUGUGAAGGGAUUUAGAGUAUAUCUGGAAGACAAAAACCCGGAAGGGAAGCAAUGUCAGCACAUGAUUUUAAAGGAUCCCCGACAGCUCAAUUUUUCAUUCAGGAAUGUGAAAAUGAGUUCCCAGCCCUUUCCUGGCUUGAGCUUUGAAACGGACUACAUGAUAAGGAUUGUGCCGUUCCCGUCUUUCGUGAACGAAAGCAGCUUCUCCCCAUCCUUCUUGCGAACAAACACUUGUGAAGCUCUUCUUGGCUCAGACAAUCUUAUCUGCAAACCAUUCUGGAAGCCGAAGAGCCUCAAUAUAUCCCAGCAAGGCUCCAGUCUCAAUGUGGUGUUUGAUCAUGCUCCCUCAACAUUUGGCUUCAGUUUCUACUACAUCUACUACAAGCUGAAACAGGAGGGCACCUUCAGACAGAAGCGCUGCAGACCGGAUUCCAGCUCUGACAAAACAACAUGUGUUCUCCAAGACAUGACACCUGGCACUUACACCAUCGAGCUUGCAGAUAACAACAACAGCACCAGAAGAGCAACACAAUAUCAUGUAAAUCAAGUGCACUCACCCUGGGCUGGGCCAAUCAGAGCUGUGGCCAUCACAGUGCCACUGGUCAUCAUGUCAGCCUUCGCCACACUCUUCACGGUCAUGUGUCGCAAGAAACAACAGGAGAAUAUAUAUUCCCACCUUGAUGAAGAAAGCUCAGAAACGUCAGCCAACACUACAGCCUUACAUGCUGAGAAGCCCUGGCCGCGACCCAAAGUCUUCCUCUGCUACUCCAGCAAGGACUGCCCCAAACACCUCACCGUCAUCCAGAGUUUUGCCUACUUCCUGCAGGACUUCUGUGGCUGUGAGGUGGCUCUGGACCUGUGGGAGCACUUGGAGAUCUGUAAGGAAGGCCAGAUGGCCUGGCUGAGCCGGCAGAUCGACGAGGCGCACCUCAUCGUGGCCGUCUGCUCCAAGGGGAUGAAGUACUUCGUGGAGAAGAAGAACCGGAAGGGGAAGGGCAGGGCCAGCGGCGCGGGCGGAGCGGGGGAGCUGUUCGUGGUGGCCGUGGCCAUGAUCGCGGAGAGGUUACGCCAGGCCUGGCAGAGCUCCCGCGACCUCUCCCGCUUCAUGGCCGUGUACUUCGACUACUCCCGCGAGAGCGACGUGCCGGGGGUGCUGGACCUGGCCCCCAAGUUCAAGCUGAUGGACCAGCUGCCCCAGCUGUACGCGCGGCUGCACUCCCGCCACCUCAGCCUGCCGGAGCGCGAGCCCCAGCCCCUCAACGUCAGCAAGCGCAACUACUUCCGCAGCAAGUCGGGCCGCUCGCUGUACGUGGCCAUCUGCAACAUGCACCAGUACGUGGCCCAGGAGCCCGACUGGUUCGAGAAGACACUCCGGCCGGCCCCUCCCCCGGCCCCGGCCCCCUUCCAGUGCCCCCCCGCCAUGGAGAAAUUCGACUCGGGGCUGGUGCUCAACGAGGUGGUCCUCAAGCAGCCCUCGGACAGCGACUGCCCCCUGAGAAGCCCUGGGUUUCUGCCCCCCGCCCUGAACUCUGGACCUCCUCCCUCUGCUCAGCCCAGCGCCGCACGGGGAGAGACGGACGGGGCGGCGACCCAGGAGAGCAGUGCUUCUUUACAGCCGCUGCUCCACACAGACGGCUCGGCUAGCCCCCCUGAAAUGCCCAGAGACUCUGGCAUCUAUGACUCCUCUGUGCCCUCCUCAGAGCUGUCCAUCCCCCUGAUGGAUGGGCUCUCCCCUGACCAGGCCGACACCUCCUCCCUGGCAGAGAGUGUGUCCUCCUCGUCUGGCCUCGGAGAUGAGGAGCCCCCAACCAUGACCUCCUUCCUCAGUUCUGUGCCCACCAUCUGUAAAGCAGAGCUCCACCACAGCCACCUACAGAGUGAUGGACUGAUGCCUGUGGAGUCAUUAUAGGGUCUACUGUCUGGACUUGCAUUGCCACUUUACUGCCUUGCCUUCCUGCAGAUUAAUACAGUUCAUUUCCCAUAGGGAACCCAGAGGUCCCUGCAUUGCACAGUUCUGUGCGCCGUAUCCCCAGCUCUGAGUUGUCAUUGGAUACCCCACUUGUCUUGGUCUCCUGCUAAAACACCAUCGUGCUCUGCUGUGGUAAACAGAAGCAUAUUCAAAGGCAGACUUCCACGGUUCGGAAGAUUGCCCAUUCCAGUGGGCCAUUUAAAAUUGUUCUUCCCAAGCAGCGAGAGUUUCAUGACGCCUCCCGAUUUGAACGUUGAAAUUCUACUCCCUUGGACCUUUCUGUCCUAAUGGAAGCCUUCAGACACCCCGCAGCCGGGGAUCAAGUCCUCAUCCGUGCCAUUUUUGUGGUUGCUAUUGUGCUUCAAGCUCCAUUCUGACUGUUUCUGUUCCAGUUUUGCCAUUUGUUUCGCACGCAGAUGCAUCCUGGAAAGGGCGGUCUUGUCUUGAGCAAUACGUGUCACAGGAAUCUGUCCCUUCAAUUAACUAACUGGCGGAAAUGGCGGAAUUUUGGCCUUAUCCACAUCUAUCCAAUGUGGCUCUGCCUUUUACUGUUCCUGAAGACUUGGCUCGAAUCCUAGAAACUCAGGAGGAUCUUUCACAAGUAGCCUCUACGAUCUGCUGGAAGGUGAAUAGCUGAGUGCUAAGUGACCAAAGUUGUUGCACAUUUGUGCAGCUCAGUCUUUUUAAGUGUUAGAGGUCAAAUACGUGUUUUGUAGGAGUAGCAUAAAUCACUUGCAGACAGUUUCAGAUUGUUGGUUGGUUGCCACUGAAAACCAUAUCUUCCAUUUUUAAAUGUGCUUCCAUGUUUCUCUUCACUUUCAGAAGUGCUGAAUUUGAAUACUGCAAGACAAUACCAUGAGCUAGUGGUAGUUAUUAAAGUCCUUACCUUUUUUGAGUUUGUGUAUGUGAAUGUUUAAUUCUUAUUUAUUGUGUUUUUAAAUCAAUCCUCUAAAAAAAUGCACAUACGUAUUGUAGGAGCAAUGUUACCAUUUAAUUUAGUUUUAAGGCAUUGCUUUAAAUAGAGACUUAAUGAAGCACAGCAAGUUGUACGUCUAUUUGAUUACAGAGAUAGGGCAUCAGAAAUGCUGGUACUCCACAUUUAUAUCUUUGCAUUUAUUAAGUACACUAAAACAGAUAUUGUGAGUAGAGCCCUUUUAAUAUGAAUAUCUGUAGUUGCGCAAAAUGGUAAGACUGUAAAGAUGAUGAAGUCUGGUAUCAUUUUGUCAUUGGCUUUAAAACUGUUUCCAACUGUAAUGCCUACUUCUGGAAAUGCUUGUUUCUAUUUGUAAUAGUUAUAUAAAAUGUCCAUCACAUAGUUUGAGCUAUUUCAGAAAUCACAAGCUGGUUUGUAUGUUUGUCAACGUUGUAUUUGAUAUUUUGAUCCUGUUUUUUUAAAUUAUAUUAGUUUAUAUUGGUCAAACUUUGAAAAGUGAAAUCUGUUUCCUCACUUCUGUAUUAUUCUGUUAAAGGGAAGUGAAUUCGAUUUUGAACAGCUCCCCUCAUUGAGGUUUGCUCAUAGCUCGUGGUGAAUUAUUCUCAGGAUAUCUCUGAUUUAGUACACUUGAUAAAUGCACUUGAGUGUUGUAACGUGAAACUACUCUGAAACGAAUCACAAACAAACAUGUCUGUGCUUUCAAAUAUGUUUUGAAAAAUUGUAUUGUGAAGUAAAAAAAAACAGAAAGCUGUUUUUUUUUAUAAUUUUAUGGUUUUGAAUGAACAAAAAAAAACAUCUUCACUUAAAUGCCUUAGUCUGAACCAAAUCCAUAGACCUAAAUAUUAGAUCAGAUGGCUGCUGUCAUUAGACCAUGAGAAAGGAAAAAGGGAAGAAAAUAAGAGCCACUUGUUUGUAUGUUUAAAAUGGUCCACAUCUGUAUAUUUUUUGUAUUUUGAAAACUUUGUUCUAUUCUUGUGGUUUUUAAUAGUUUAGAAAAUAGAGGAGGUAUUUCUACAUUAUACACAAACUUUGUACUGUUUUAUAGUACCCUAAUGUAGGAAGAAAACAUCAAAUAAAAUUUGGAUGUC